GUCAAUCAAUCGAAGUGAUUAGGUUUUUUUGAGGAAGGAGCGAAGAGUAUGCCUUCGCUUGGGAACGAAAGAAAAAUACGUCAAUCAAACAAAUGGUGUAAUUCUCAAGAUUUUUAUCUUUUCUAUCAUUCUCUGUAUAAUUAAACAUUCAUAUUCAUACAAUUUCUAUGAAAUCCGAGAUGUCUAAUGCAAUAAAAUAAACUCAAAAAAUCGAUCACGUCAUUGUCCGUCGCACGUCUACACAAACUACUAAUUAUGUUUUCGCGUAAAAUUCAUUAGACGUCCUUGCGUAGACGUAAUUUCCUUGUUCGUAUUUUACUUAUACCUUCAAAUCGGUUUCCAAUUAUGAAUUUCGACGAUACAUCCAGUAGUGGAUACGUCACCACCGAGACGAUAUACGGAACUCACGAAGACUCCCAUGUUGUUAUGUCGGAAAAAGUGCAGUCGCUGGCUGGUAGUAUAUACCAAGAGUUUGAACGUAUGAUAGCUAGAUAUGAUGAGGAUGUGGUGAAGACGCUGAUGCCAUUGUUGGUGAACGUAUUAGAGUGUUUGGAUUCCGCAUACCAGACUAACCAAGAGCAUGAAGUGGAAUUGGAACUCCUCAGAGAAGAUAAUGAACAGCUGGUCACGCAGUACGAGCGCGAAAAGGCGGCCAGGAAGCAUGCUGAACAGAAGUUACUUGAAGCCGAAGAUCACUACGAGGGUGAGAGAAAAGAUUUAACAGGCCGCCUGGAAGCCCUGGACAGCAUUGUAAGGAUGUUGGAACUGAAACACAAGAAUUCUUUGGACCAUGCUAGCAGACUUGAGGAAAGGGAGAAUGAACUCAAAAAGGAAUACGCCAAACUGCAUGAGCGUUAUACAGAGCUGUUCAAAACUCACAUGGAUUACAUGGAGAGGACCAAACUUCUACUCAGCACGGCCAGCGAGCGCAACGAGGUGCGGGGUCGCCUCGGACUCAACCCCAUGGGUCGUUCUAGUGGUCCUAUAUCGUUCGGGUUUUCGUCGCUAGAGGGCUCUGUGAAUGUCUUAGAGCAGACGGGUAGUAUACCCGGCAGUCCAGUGAGUUUAUCGUCAUCACCACCUUCGCCGAUUGGAUCAGAAUUAGCUGCCGUGCGAACUGUGGAGAGGGCCCACCAGACAGACCCCAUCACGCAGCAGAGUCAGGCAACAUCACCGGUCGCCCCUCAGAACAGCUCCGUCGGUAGAUCUCAGACCAAGAGCGAGAAGCGAAGCGGAAACACCCUGUACCAAGAGCUGGCCUUCCAUGAUACGGAGUCCAACAUAAAUGAGGGCGAUGACGGCGCUGACAUCACAGGGAGCUGGGUCCAUCCGGGUGAAUAUGCGUCAUCAGUUAACGAUAACUACUUUGGUAUGGGCAAAGAAGUGGAGAACCUUAUUUUGGAGAACAACGAGCUAUUGGCCACAAAGAACGCUCUGAACGUGGUGAAGGACGAUCUGAUAGUGCAAGUGGACCAGUUGACUGGGGAGCAGGAGAUCCUCAGGGAGGAGGUCAAUAACCUCAGCGCCGCCAGGGAGCAGUUGCGAGAGCGGGUAACUCAGCUCGAAGACGAACUAAGACAUUUGAAGGAGACGAUGAGCAAUAAUGCUGGCGGUGAAAAUGAGGAAGAAGCCGACGUCCCUAUGGCGCAGAGAAGAAGGUUCACCAGGGUCGAAAUGGCCCGAGUGCUAAUGGAACGGAACCAGUACAAAGAGCGGUUCAUGGAGCUGCAAGAUGCGGUGCGCUGGACUGAGAUUAUGCGCGCCAGCCGCGUUGACUCCACCAUGGAUAAGAAGAAUAAACAAAGUAUUUGGAAGUUCUUCAGCAACCUCUUCAGCACGGGAGAGAGGCCCCAGAGGCCCCUGUCGACGCCCCACCUGCGGGCCGUGGCUGCUCCACAGCCGGUCAUGAGGCACUCUCGAACUCAGGAUUUUCUCGAAACCCAACUGACUGACCACCAUCAUAGGAGGCACGAGCGAAGCGAACAGUUUAGACAGGUGCGGGCUCACGUGCGUAAAGAAGACGGGCGUACGCAGGCGUAUGGUUGGAGUUUGCCCGGCAAAGGUCAGGGGCACAAAGGGCCCAGCACCUCGCUCUCGUCAGGGGGCGUACCUGUGCCAGUGCCAGUGUUUUGCAGACCUAUAGCCGAAGCGGAGCCCCGUAUGUCGUUGCUAUGCGCCGCCGGGGUGAACCUGAUGGGGGGCAGGACCCCUGACGGCGGGUGCAUGGUCGGAGAAAGCAUCUUCUACUCCAAAGACGAGGACAGGCCGGAAACCGCCAUGUGUCUAGCGGACGAGAUGAGUAAAGCUCAGCAACAUUCUCCCGAGAUUGAGGAGAUUAACAAGCAGUUGGAAUCGACACAUAAGGUCGAACAUUCUGAAAGAAAUCUGUCUUCCUAUGUGUGGAUUUGUUCGAGUACGCCGACUAAAGGCGUUGUCAUGAUCAUCGAUGCAAACAACCCAGCGGAGGUGUUGGAGUCGUUCCCGAUCAGCGACAAGCACAUACUAUGCGUGGCGUCCGUGCCCGGCGCGGUUGAAGAGGACUACCGCGAAUACGAGGAGAGAAUGAACACGGAAACUGACACUAAGAGGCACUCGCAGUCUUUAUUCUGUAUGGGCAAGAAUGAUUCCAUCGAUAGUCCCACCAGCAGUGUGCCGACAGAUGGCGCCAAUAACGGAGACAAAUAUGUCGUCGGCAGAUCCCGAUUGGUGCAAGCAACUCUGUUGACGCCGCCGAGUACGCCGCUACAGCAGCCGUCGCCGCCGGCGGCCGGGCCGCCCAAGGAGUCCGCGGUGAGGACCGUGGAGGAGCCCGACGCCUCACCCCCCAGCCCCCCGCUCAGCUCCACGCCGAUCGUCGAUAACGAACACUUAGGGUCUCCAGAACCGGGUGUCGACGCGUUCGCACAAGAGCAAUCGAACGCGGACAUAAGAGAGGACAUACCGCAAGAACGCAAGAUGUCGACCGUCAUGGCGACCAUGUGGCUCGGCACCAGAAGCGGGAACCUUUAUGUCCAUUCCGCCAUGGGCUGCUACAGCAAAUGUCUCGCCAGGGUGAAGCUAAACGACGCCAUUUUGUCGAUCGUCGCGUGCGCAUCGCGUUGUAUCGUCGCGUUGGCCGACGGUACUGUGGCUAUUUUCGCGAGGCAAGCGGACGGACAGUGGGACUUCACUCAGUAUUGGUUGAUGACGCUCGGAGACCCCAAAUGUUCAGUCCGUUGCCUGAGCGCGGUUGGUUGCACGGUGUGGUGCGGUUACCGCAACAAAGUGCACGUGAUCGACCCUCGGUCCCGCACGCUGCUGUGCUCCCUUGAGGCGCACCCCCGCCAGGAGAGCCAAGUACGGCAGAUGGCGUCUGAAGGCGACGGCGUUUGGGUCUCAAUCAAAAUGGACUCGACUUUACGUCUUUACCACGCUCACACAUACCAACACCUGAAAGACGUCGACAUCGAGCCUUACGUCAGCAAGAUGCUGGGAACCGGCAAACUCGGCUUCUCAUUGGUGCGAAUCACCGCGCUGCUGAUCAGCUCAGGUCGGCUGUGGAUCGGGACCAGCAACGGCGUGGUGAUAUCUGUGCCUCUGUCCGAAGGCCCCAGCAGUAACAGCGGCGGCUUUAUGCCGUCCGUGCGGGACAGACCGAACUCUGGCAACGCAGCGUCAGCGGUUAGUCCUUCGGGUUCCAUCCCAUGGUGUUCGAUGGCCCAGGCCCAACUCAGCUUCCACGGCCAUCGGGACGUCGUCACCUUCUUCGUGGCCGUCCCAGGGGCCUCCCCCCCCUCCGAGACUCCCCGGCGGUCCUCCAACGCCCCCUCAAUGCUCGUCAUAUCGGGAGGAGAAGGUUACAUCGACUUUAGAAUAGAGGAAGACGUGGACGACGUCCGAGAUAGCGCCUCCCACCUCAUUGCUUGGCAGAUUUUAACAGUAUAAACGUACCUGAUAGGAUAUAAGUUAUAUUAAUAUGCCAAUUACUGCCGAUUCAGAGAUGGAGGACAGUGUGGUCGUAGCUGAGGAUGGGUCGUCAAGUGGACACAGUUCGCUGGCGGAGCGCGCGUCCAAGAGUCAUUUGAUCGUGUGGCAAGUAGCCACCGCCUAACCCGAGCAUUGCCGCGCUCGACUCGACUCAGACUCGGAUUUCGUUUACGUGUGUACUUCCACUAAACCGGAGCUAAUUCAGUAGGUUGCCACGGUAACUUGUUUGGGAAUUAAAAUUGAGAUAACUUUUUAUGAACAGCCAUGAUAUUUUAUUUAUAUAUUAGCAACUUUUGCUCUCAUCAGUUUAGAAAAGGCUUUAUUUUUAUAUUUUUUAAUUUACAAUUAUAUUUAUUCUUUUAAUUCCCAUACAAUUUGUGGAUUUUAAUGAAUAUGGUUGAGAGUCAGUAUUCCAUCACCUUCAUGUAGUAGAUAGGUUGCGUUCAGCAAAUCAAGGAUUGGUUUGGUUUAAGAGUUGGUCCUUCGAAUCCAUUUCCUACUUAAUACACAAGUUGAGGCUUUUGGGGCACGGGGAGUUAUGUGAAACGUGUGAGAUUACUUAAGUUUACUGCUGUAUGUUUCACCAAUGCCAUUCGUAAGUUUUUAUUUACUUUAAAGUAUCCACAUUUCUUAUUUUUUUUUGUUCUGUGAGUAUGUAAUAUCAUGUCACAUGUCUAGCGGUGUGCCGUUCUCGAAAUUGUUGAAAAAUGCACAGCAAAUUGUCGAGAAAUUUCCGAUGAGAAUAUCUCUGAGAAAUUCUCGAGGGCGUACAUUUUUUAAGAACAGUGUUUUUGAAAGCGUCACACUACUACAAGUGUCUAAAGUGAUUCAUGUAUGAGCUGACCGUGCCCGAGCAAGUGCCACAUCGUACACCGUGGAUCGCACGUUUCGUUUCUGAAUAUUCGAGCAGUUGUUGUGCACGGCACUACAUGGACUAUAUAAAAACAUUACAUAUUAAACAUAUACUACAUAUUAUUCUUAUUAUGUGUGCUUUUCGUUCGCCGGUCAUUUUUUAAUUGGCGCUUCGGUUUGUGAAUUAUAAUAUAUGGAUAUUUAAUAUAAAUAUUGCUCAUGAUGUUUUAUGGUCGGCCGUCUUUGCAUGCGUUUGUUGUUAGUUUAGUUUUUUAAUAAAAACGGCCGGCCGAAGCUUAAUCUCACUUAGUAUUAAUGUACAACAUAUAACCACCAAAUAAUUCAUUUUAGUAGUGUUCGUAGUUAGAUCGACAAGAUUUUUAUAAGAUAUAGUUAAAAUGUAUGAAAUUAUCUCAUAUUAUGUGACGGGACGAGGCAUAAUGUGAAGCGUUUCGGCUGUGGUUGUCAUCCAAAUCACAACUUUAUAUUUACUGUGUUGUGUGAAUCGAUUGUACGGAUGUGUGAUAUACAUGUUAUUGAAGUGAGGAUGUUAUUGUGUCGCUUUAAAUUAAUCACAUUACACCCAUGUCAUCACGUUCGUGUAUUCUGUGGCUAUAAUCUUUUAUAAAUCGUCAAUAUCGUGCGCUUCAGGAUAUAGGACUGGUCGCCGUGAUUGGCGUACAAUUGAACGACAAUAUUUAAUAUAACAUUUUUGAUGAAUAAUAAAUUAGAUAUGGAUUCGUAUUUGUAUGCUAUUGACCAGCAGUAUCUCGCACGAUGUUGACAGGUUACGGUAAAGACAAAGAGAACUGUAGACGCGGGGUUUCUGUUAUCCAUAUGUGUCUUGGUGUGUUGCCAAUGUAAAACUUGAUGAGGAACAACAAUAAGUUUUAUUUCUCUAUCCCGCUCGUGUAUUUCUACUUUCUCCUCGUUUCUGUUCCUUUUUUUAAGCGAAAUGACGUUUACGACCAUGUGUAUAGUUUUCUCUGUCGACCGUUUACUAAAGAUUUACGUUAUAUUUUUUUGCGGGUAGUACAAAAUGUUCAGAGAACGGCUAUUUAUGAAGUAAUGUCGAUUUGUCUUGAUGUUAUUGUUGUACCGUAUUACCGUUUGGAAACACUUGGUGUGUUUACAUCUUUACCAAUUAAGCAAUGGUGCAAAUAUUAUUUAAGUACGGAAUAUUUUUACAGUAAAUUAUAUUUUAAUCCAAUAAUCACCUUAUUUUGUUUGUGUCUUAGGAUAUGUCCGGAUCGCUCCACUCUGUUUGAGUUAGAUUUUUAUUAUCAUAAUAAUAUUGAGGUGGUUAUAUUUAUUUGAAAAUUUUACUAUUUUUUGUGAUUUAUUUAAUAGUAAUUAUAUGUAUAAAUACGUUUUCCAAGUUUAUUUUUGAGUUAUUAAACUCUUAUAAUUUUUUUUACAAUUCGUGUGCAAUUUUCAUAUUUUUUAUUAAUUGUAUAAUUGAAUAUUUAUAGCUUAAUAUUUCAAAUAAAUGUACCUACUAUAUGAAGUACUCCGUAAAGACGAAUUAUAAUAAUAAUAAUGUUACAAAGAUUAGUUAAAUAUUUUACAAAAGACAAUGGUUGUAGGUUUGCACAAUCUGCAUACGAGUAUGUGUGGUGUUCCACGGCCAAAAGUACUUUCUGAUCGAUUUUAGUUACACGUAUUUCUAUAAUCUCCUAUUCAAAAACUAAUAAGAUCAAAUAUAAAAACACACAAGAAAAUAAGGUACUUUUAUUCGUGGAACGCCACAUAUUGGGUAGAAAAUGGGAUAGCAAUCUAUCUCAUACAUACAAAUAUGGUACGGGCAAGUGCACAUUGUAAUCUUCAACCAUUGCCUGCAUCGUAACACCUAGUCAAAAUAAACGACAUAGUGAUAGCUAGGCUUAUGUUGUUUUGCUAAAGGGAUCGGAAGGACAAAAUAUUACAAAUUGCAAUAUUACAAUUAAUUCCCAAGGAGGGUUGACGUUAGGCAGACGGCCUGUCGCAAAAUCACAUUCGAACCAUCAGUAUUGCUUACCCCAGGCGUCUCAGAUUCACCGCACCGCAACGGAAAGAGUUAGAGAUAUGCGGAGAUGAGACAGAGAGGCAAAUUACCCAAAGCUAAACGCAGAUGGCACAGCAGGAAAUGGCACACUAAUAACCUGUUGCCGUGUAGCACAACUCAACUUGUGUUAUGCUAUGUCGACACCAUACGCUAGUGCGGCGCUCUGGCGUGACAACUUCGUAGUAAUACUGCUAGCUUUUCAGGGCAGUUGCCAGUCAAAUUAGAAGCUGUUUUCCAAGUGACAAAAAUAAUUUUAUAAGUAAGUAAACCCAAAAAAGUAGAGAAGAGAAGUUUAGACAACGUAAAAAACAAGUAUUGUAAACAUUUAUGGGAUUUUUAUGAGAGUCAAUUGAAAGACGUCACUUCCCUCGUCCCUCGAGUGAACAAAUGUCCCAAACAUACUAAAAAGUAGUAAAUGUUGUGGUAAUAUAUAAAAUUGGUCAAAUAAAGUUAUGUAAGUAUCGUCACUUAAUCGCAUUAUAAAUUUUAUUUUUUUUCCAUCAAGUUGUAACAAAUGUACUCUUGAAAUAUUUUUUUCUUCCGAUGUCACGUUAAAUUAAAUUUGAAAUAAACAUUACCAUAGCGCGAGCUGAGUGGGCAUUAUGGCGUCAGGUUCGAAACUAAUAAAAUUAAGAUUAUUGCGGCAUCGUAUUUGUGAAUUAUUAAAAUUAAGUUGUUAAGCUAUUUAGAAUCAAUGUAUGUCAUUUCAAAUUUAGUUAAGGUCAAUUCAACAAUUUUCUCUGAUGAAGUUUAUCGAAACGCUGAAAUCAAAAUGUAACUUUCAUGUUUUCCGACCUAUCGGAACUAGACAAAAAAUAUAUAGCAAGCUUGAUAUUUAAUGAAAAGUUGUUCAGUAUCAUAUAUAGCAACUAUAAGAUAUUUAUAUAUAUUGAAAUUCAAUUAAUCAUUUUAAUUAAAAUAUCACACAUUAGAUAAAUGGUACGCUACUGCGUCAUGAUUGAUGCAGAAUGCGCUUUCGUGUUUCCAACCAUCCGCAAUAUUGAAUACCAAUUAUAUGAAUUUCAUAAAAAAUGUAUAUUAUUGCUGUUUUUUGUACUUAUUUUAACGAGUCUUGGGAUCGUUGUAAAGCUAAUAAAUGAGAUUAAAUACGGCUAGCGAGGAUUUUUUUGAUUUCGACAUUAUUUUUACGUUAUUAUUUAUUUGAUUUUUAUGUUAUGGUAUUUUUUAUAUUAUUCGACUGCUGAGCCGUCAUUAAUUUAUUAAACUAAACACCUUGUAGAUAAAAGUCAUCAUUAUGAAGGUCAUUAUUGUUAGCGUUAUCAUUUGUUUUUCAAACAAAUAAAUAUAUGCUAAUUA